CGUCCGACCGAUGACGUAGGCUGCGCUCGUGCAUGCGCAGGGCGGGAAGACCUUGGGGAGGUGGCGGAGACGCUUAGCGGAGGUGAAAUCCUUGGCAGAAAGGAAAGUGUAGCGGCAAGAUGCAGAGCUGGAGUCGUGUGUACUGUUCCUUGGUCAAGAAAGGCCAUUUCAAUCGAAUAUCUCAUGGUCUGCAAGGAGUUUCUGUAGUGCCUCUAAGAACUUACGCAGAUCAACCAAUCGAUGCCGAUGUGACAGUAAUUGGCUCUGGUCCUGGAGGGUAUGUUGCUGCUAUUAAAGCUGCCCAGUUAGGCUUCAAGACAGUCUGUGUUGAGAAAAAUGAGACACUUGGUGGAACAUGCUUGAAUGUUGGUUGUAUCCCUUCUAAGGCUUUAUUGAAUAACUCUCACUUUUACCAUUUGGCCCAUGGAAAAGAUUUCGCAUCUAGGGGAAUUGAAAUGUCUGAAGUUCGUUUGAAUUUAGAGAAGAUGAUGGAGCAGAAGAAUAAUGCAGUAAAAGCUUUAACGGGUGGAAUUGCCCACUUAUUCAAACAGAAUAAGGUUGUUCAUGUAAAUGGAUAUGGAAAGAUAACUGGGAAAAAUCAGGUCACCGCCACGAAAGCCGAUGGCAGCACUCAAGUUAUCGAUACAAAGAACAUUGUUAUAGCCACAGGUUCAGAAGUCACUCCUUUUCCUGGAAUUACGAUUGAUGAAGAUACAGUAGUGUCAUCUACAGGUGCUUUGUCUUUAAAAAAAGUUCCAGAAAAAUUGGUUGUCAUUGGUGCAGGAGUAAUAGGUGUAGAAUUGGGCUCAGUUUGGCAAAGGCUUGGUGCAGACGUGACAGCAGUUGAGUUUUUGGGUCAUGUUGGUGGUGUUGGAAUUGAUAUGGAAAUCUCUAAAAACUUUCAACGUAUCCUUCAAAAACAAGGAUUUAAAUUUAAAUUAAACACAAAAGUUACUGGUGCUACUAAGAAAUCUGAUGGAAAAAUUGAUGUUUCUAUUGAGGCUGCUUCUGGUGGUAAAGCUGAAGUUAUCACUUGUGAUGUACUGCUGGUUUGCAUCGGCCGACGACCCUUUACUCAGAAUUUGGGACUAGAAGAGCUUGGAAUUGAGCUGGAUCCUAGAGGUAGAAUUCCAGUGAAUACCAGAUUCCAAACUAAAAUUCCAAACAUCUAUGCGAUCGGUGAUGUCGUUGCUGGUCCCAUGCUGGCUCACAAAGCGGAGGACGAAGGCAUCAUCUGUGUUGAGGGGAUGGCUGGCGGCGCUGUGCACAUUGACUACAACUGUGUGCCAUCGGUGAUUUACACACACCCGGAAGUUGCUUGGGUUGGCAAAUCAGAAGAGCAGUUGAAAGAAGAGGGUAUUGAAUACAAAGUUGGGAAAUUCCCCUUUGCUGCUAACAGCAGAGCUAAGACAAACGCUGACACAGAUGGCAUGGUGAAGAUUCUCGGGCAGAAAUCGACAGACAGAGUCCUGGGGGCACAUAUUCUAGGACCCGGUGCUGGUGAAAUGAUAAAUGAAGCUGCACUUGCACUGGAAUACGGAGCAUCCUGUGAAGAUAUAGCUAGAGUCUGUCAUGCACAUCCGACCUUAUCAGAAGCUUUUAGAGAAGCAAACUUGGCUGCAUCAUUUGGCAAAUCAAUCAACUUUUAAAUGAGAAGAUUAUAUUUUUCUGAAGUUUCCUGGGGACUUUUGUAGAGGUCACAUUUCUGAACAGGAAAUGGCUCACAGCUGCAAAAAUUUCUAGGACUGAAUUAUGAAACUUUUGGAAGGCAUUUAAUAGGUUUGGACAGAAUUGAAUAAUCUCUUAUCUAUAUUUUAAAUAAAUUUAAUAAUUUUCACUGCAUUAAUAUCUGCAGAAAAAAGCUACUUAUAGUAGCUUCCUGGAAAAUUUUCUUCAACCCAUAUUUUCUUUUUUUUUUUUUUUCAACCCAUAUUUUCAUGCUAUUUAUGAAGGGUUCAGCGUCACUGAAUUUAUGUUAAGUGGCUUUUAUCUCUGAUACAGGACUGACUUAGAUGGAUGCAGCUGGAGUAUGAUGUGUGAACAGCUCUGUUUGAACCAAGGUGAUCAGGUUAUUUGAAACUUGGUUUUCACAUUGGAAACAGUCAUUAGAAUAAGUUGGAAACAUGUAUAAAUUGAUGUAAAUAAAAAAUGAUGAUCUCAGUUAUUUUAAUCCCCAGUGUCUUGGUGGUUAGAGGUAAAAUUUGUGUUUAGAUUUUUAAGGUUCUGUUGAGGUCUAAAGUAUAGUUAUACAGUUAACCAAAGUAAGGCAGUGUAUAUACAAAAAUCAAGUAUCAGAUGGAGAAACAAUGUAUUACAGUGGAAAAUGAAGACACGGAAAUAAACAUGUCUUAAAUAUUCA